AUACGCGCGCGAGCUCGUUCAUUGUAGGAUCUACCAGCUUAUGUGCAAAAGGUAUACAAGAAACACAACGUGGAGGGAGUAUACGAAGAGUUCGGUGAAAGGGGGCAAACAACGUUGCGGGCACGGAGAAGAGAUAGAGAGCUGCCGAAGCCAAGAGAAACUGCGAUGUGGAGAGAAAGAGAUAGUUUGAUCUCUGACGCAUAUAUGUUACAUCCACACAUGAUGCGAAGGGCCCACGAUUCUCAUGGGUCGCGGUCUCAGUGGUCUCACCCGGCAGUCCCGGCACUCCACGAGAACACGGCGCACCAGACAGUACAACGAUCGCGCUUGCGAGAAGAGCGACUUUUCGCGUACUCCAAAUAAAAACGUGCUCAAUAUCCAAAUUUAAAAAUUAGCACGCGCGCGGACGCGAUUACUCGGAGACAAAACUCAUUGUUACACCCACCAGUUUUCCUCUCACCGGUCAGCAGUCACCAUUCAUAUAUCUAAUUCAUUGGGUAAUAAAGGACCGAUAUGGCACAUUCGAGAAAAUGGAAAAGCUGCGUGUCGAACAAUUUACUGACGUUGCUGACGAUAAUCGGAGUAGUACUUGGGUCCGUCCUCGGCUUCAUCUUAAGGAACGUCAGGGAGGAACCAUGGACGCCGCGCGAAAUUAUGUACAUCCAAUUCCCAGGAGAUAUUUUUCUACGAAUGCUAAAGGCGCUUAUAUUGCCUCUGAUAAUCGCCAGCAUUGUGAGCGCGAUCGGUGGACUGGAUCUUAAUUUAUCUGGAAGGAUCGGUAUGAGAUCCAUUUAUUACUAUUCGGCCACAACAAUAUCUGCCGUGGUCCUUGGCAUAAUUUUGGUCUGUAUAAUCAGACCUGGAGAAUUCAGCACGCACAGUUUAGUUACUGAGGAUACUCCAUCGCCAUUAAGGAGCGUUACAACUGCGGAUACGUUAUUAGAUUUAGUUAGAAAUGUGUUCCCCCCGAAUCUUGUACAAGCAUGCAUCGCUCAGUACCGAACGGUGCUGAUACCGCCUGAGAAUACAACGGCAGUUAGUAUCCAGGAGUGGGAAAUGUCUUCUGAAUACGGGGGUGGUAUGAACACUUUGGGCUUAGUUGUAUUUGGAGUUGUAUUUGGUAUAGCUCUGAGUAAAAUGGGUGAAAAAGGGAAACCUCUUUUAACGUUUUUCGAUACCUUAUCCGAAGCGACGAUGAUCAUUACUAAAUGGGUCAUAUGGUUGUCCCCCCUCGGUGUUCUCUUCCUCGUCACAUCGAAGGUCUUAGAAAUUGCGGAUAUCGGAGCUAUAGUCGGACAAUUAGGUUUAUAUUUCCUCACCGUGUUACUUGGUUUAUUCAUCCACGGCGUCGGUACCCUCUCCGUUAUAUUCUUCAUUUGUACCAGACAAUUGCCGUUUAAACUGAUAGGCAAGAUGGGCCAAGUUAUCGCUACAGCGUUUGGUACUUCAUCGAGCACUGCCACGCUACCAGUGACAAUGCAAGCUUUAGAUAAUAUCGGUGUAGAUCCAAGAGUUACGAGGUUCGUUGUUCCGAUCGGUGCUACCAUUAAUAUGGACGGAACCGCGUUAUACGAAGCAGUUGCUGCAAUCUUUAUAGCUCAAGUCAGACGAAUUCCAUUGAGUUUCGGCAACAUUGUUGGAGUCAGUGUAACGGCAACUGCGGCCAGUAUAGGUGCUGCGGGUAUUCCACAAGCUGGUCUUGUCACAAUGGUGAUGGUGCUGGACACUGUAGGUUUGCCUGCCGAGGACGUAACGCUUAUCAUUGCCGUAGAUUGGCUCCUGGACCGUUUCCGAACAACGAUAAAUGUCAUUUGCGACGCACUCGGAGCUUAUGUGGUUGAACAUAUGAGCAAGAAAGAACUAGAAGCAAGCGAUCUUCAAGAAGAAACGAUCGAAUUGGCCAGAGUGCGGACAGCAGACGCAUGAUCAUUUUAAUUUAUUUCUUAAAACCUUGCCAUAUUACGCGAACACAAUUUUACUGCGUUCGUAAUUUUUUUUUUUACGUAUUUCACAGUCAGUAAUUCGUACUAAUAUAUACUCAUCGCGUUUACUCAAAUUUUAUAUUGUAUAGUAAUCUAAUUGUUAAAUAUUUUAAUUAACAGGAUACUUAUUUUAGCUACUUAAAGGAAAAAGUCAAGUGGUUAUAAGCACUAAUGUACUUUAAAAGAUCUGAUCUUGACACAUUUUCUUUUACAAUAUAUGAGAUAUAUUGUUGUUUUUUUAUUUGAAAAAAUAUUUUAUUGGAAUUAUUCUUCU